AUGUUGCAAGUCGAUGAGGUGGAUGAUAAGGUUGCUUUUACAGCCUUCAUGGGAGGACUACAAUCCUCCAAGUUCCUUUUUUCUUUAUCUAAGGACCCACCAAACAGUAUGGCAGAAUUAUUUAUUAAGGCCCAAAAACAUAUGAAUGCCAAAGAUGCUAUGAAUUCUAGGAAGGGCAAAGAAGUCGACGACAAGAAAGGAGAUAAGAAGAGGUCAGCCCCUUUCUCUAAAGACGAAAAAGAUUCCAAGUUCAAAAGGCCUGAUAGGUCCCGUAGAGUCCCUAGAGGGCGAGAUAGCUACACUAACUUCACUCCCUUGAACGCUCCUAUUAUUCAAAUCUUAAUGCAGCUCCAAGACGACCAUACCUUGAAGUGGCCCCCUAGGUUAAAGUCAGAUCCGACAAAAAGGUCUAAGGACAAGUAUUGCUGGUUACAUAGAGACCAUGGGCAUAAUACCGAUGAUUGCUUCGACUUGAAAAGCCAAAUUGAGAGCCUAAUUCGUCUGGAGAAGUUACAUGGGUACACAGCAGAUCGUGAGAAGGGUACUGGUCAACCUAUUCGCGAGAAUAGAGAGAAUAAUCCCCUUACCCACCCAUUGGGUGAAAUAAGGGUGAUUUCCGGUGGACUCGCGGGAGGGGGAGAGUCAAGCUCGGCACGAAAGGCCCACGUUAAGAGAGCUAGGAGCUCCAUAGGAGUCAACAAGGUGGGGAUAUCCAAACCCCAAACGAAGUUCCCGAAACGAGAAGGUGAGGUCAUCACUUUUUCGGAAGAAGAUGCCAAGGGAGUUCAGCAGCCGCAUGACGAUCCAUUAGUGGUGACAGAAGUCGUGGCCAACUACACAAUCCAUCGAGUACUAAUCGACAAUGGUAGUUCAGCUGACUUGUUAUUUAUUGAUGCUUUCGACAAAUUGUGUAUUGGCAGGGGAAGGCGUGACGACAUGCCGGGCAUCGACCCCUCUGUUAUGCAGCAUCGGUUUAAUGAGGAUCCAUCAUUCAAGCCAAUCAGAUAG